AUGAAGUCGUCAAUUACUCUCACUGCCCUCGCUUUGACCGGCUCUGUCAUCGCUGAUGAUGCCCUCUACAGCAAGCGAUUGACCAAACGCUUCAUUGACGAUGACGGAAACUACAAUGUUUCCUUCUUCCACGUCAACGAUGUCCACGCCCAUCUCGACCAAUUCGCAAAGUCAGGCACAGACUGCGUCGACCCCAAGAAGGGCUGCUUUGGUGGCUACGCGCGCAUCAAGCACACAGUUGAUGCCCUGCGAAAGGACAACCCGGACAACCUGUGGCUCAACGCGGGUGAUGAGUUCCAGGGCACACUGUUCUACUCGUUCUACGGACCCUCCAAGAUCGCAGAGAACUUGAACGCCCUCGACUUUGACGCCAUGACCCUCGGAAACCACGAGUGGGAUGGCGGCGACGAGGAGCUCGGCGAGUUUCUCCAGAACCUGACUUUCCCUGUCAUUUCAUGUAAUGUCAAGAGCGAGUACGAGGGCCUCAACAAGACCAUCAAGAACUACCAGAUCUUUGAGGAGCAUGACUUGGCUGUCAUUGGUGUGACGACUGACACUACACCUGGAAUCUCCAGUGUCGGAAACAAGACUACUUUCCUCGACCCUAUCACCGAAGUGCAAAAGGCUGUCUGGGAAAUUCGCAAUAAGACCGAGGUCAACCGAAUUGUUGCGCUCACUCACCUUGGCUAUGAUGUGGACCAAGAGCUUGCUGCCAAGACCGAGGGUCUGUCUCUCAUCAUCGGUGGUCACAGUCACACUCCUCUUGGCAACAUGAGCAACUCCGAGGGCGAUUAUCCCACAAUUGUUGACAACAUCAACGGCGAUGAAGUCUUUAUUGUUACUGCCUACCGAUGGGGCGAGUACCUUGGUGCCAUCGACCUGACCUUUGACAAGGACGGCAAGCCCCUCGCAUACCACGGUGCUCCCAUCCACCUCACCAACCAGACCGAGAUGGACAAGGACCUCCAGAAGAAGAUCGAGUCGUGGCGAGGUCCCUUCGAGAAGUUCGCCGCCGAAGUCGUUGGCUACACUGAUGCCGAGCUUGAUCAGUCUACAUGCCAGGACGGAGACUGUCUGCUCGGACAAGUCAUGGCCGACGCCAUGCUCGAGUACCGCCUCAACCAAAGCCGCUCCGACGACGACAAGCCCAGCUUCGCUUUUAUCAACGCCGGUGGAGUUCGCGCCACCAUCGACGAGGGUAACAUCACCCGUGGCGAAGUCCUAACAUCGUUCCCCUUCGGCAACGCCAUCGUUGAACUCACUUUCACCGGUGCCGAGAUCAAGAAUAUUUUUGAGGGUGCCGUGACAGGUUUGAACCAGGACAAUGACAAGGAGAUCACCUCGUGGUUCCAGGUUUCCAAGGGUCUCAAGGUCGAGUUCAACCCCGACAACAAGAACGGAUCCAAGCUGGUCAGCCUGAAGCUCGACGAUAAGUCUUUCGAGGACAAGACCAAGUAUCGCGUUGUCACGCUUGACUUCCUGGCCGGUGGUGGUGACAACUUCUUCAGCAUGGAUAACAAGAACGUUGCUACUCUUGACACCCAGGAUGAGGUGCUGAUCGGGUACUUUGAUAAGCACAACCCUCUUAAGCCCAAGCUGGAGGAGCGUGUUGUCAAGACCAACGCGACUAGCAGCGAUGACGACUCGGAGGACGCUGAUUCAGAGGAAGCCAAGGGCAAGGGUAGCGGUGGAAGCACAGGAGGAAAUGACACGAACGCUGCUAGCGGUGUGCAAAUCUCUCUGCUUACUGCUAUAUUCGGUGUUGCGAUGACUAUGUUCAUGAUGUAA